AUGUUACCAUUUGCACCCACUUGUUUCGAAGGUUCCUCGGACGAAGGAGGAGAAGAUUCGCGACCACAGUCGGUAUUCGUGAAAGAAGACGAGUACGACAGCUUCGAUAACGAGCUCGACGUGUACAAAGUAACGGCCGACGACCCCCUGGAUCUGAACAACGGCGGCGAGGACGAGAGGAGCGCGACCUUCGCCAACGGCCCAAAGACCCCGGCGUCAGCGCCACCGGUGCGUCCGAAGCGAAAGAGAAAAGGCUAUCCCAACCACUUGCUGACUUACUACGGGCGGCAAAAGUGCCGCAAGUGCGGUCACAUCCUGAAAAAGGCGGAAACCCUGCACCAACACCAGAGCACCGCGUGCAAGCUGGAACGGCGCUUCUUCUGCGCCCACUGCACCUUCAAGACCAAGGACCGCAAGUUCCUCAGCCAACACCUGGCCCGCGACUGCCGGCCGGCCAACCAUAAGCCCCACCAGUGCCGCAAGUGCAACCAACUGUGCGACACGCCCGGCGAGCUCUUUCAGCACCGGCGCUCCUGCAAAAUGGAAACACGGCUCUUUUGUCCCGAUUGCGCCUUCGGCACAAAAUCCCGGGAGAACCUGGCCAUACACGAGGAGCGCGUUCACGGGGAACCGGGCAUCUACCCGUGUCCCAGGUGCGACAAGCUCUACCGGUGGAGGUACUUGCUGAUGAAGCACCUCGAGACGUGUUAUCCCCUGAGACCGGUGAGCCCGAUCAAGCCGGGCCAGAUGCUCGUGUGCUGCUUGAGGUGCGACACGGCCGAGAACUACAUGGUUUGCCAGCCGGGCGAGCGCAGGACGGCCGAUUGCCGGGCAUGCGGGUCUAAACUCUGGUACAGGUGCUCCACCUGCGCCAAGGAGUACCAAUCGGUACGGACGAUGCGCACCCACGUUCGCUUCCAGUGCCAAAAGUUGCCGAGUUUCCAGUGCGCCCACUGCGACUUCAAGACUUACCUCAAGCCGAAUCUCGAGGUCCAUCUGCGGGCGAGGCACAGCCAGACCGAGGUCAAGGAGCACAAGUGUCCGAAUUGUCCCAAGUUUUACAAGUUCCGGACCCACAUGCUGCAUCAUUACAAGUACUGCGGACACGGGCUCGAUUACCACUGCGACCGGGAGUCGUGCGACUUCAGGACCAAGAGACCGGACUACUUGACGCGCCACGUGCUCCACAACCACGGGACCAAGGAGAGCAAGCCACCGACCGAGGCUUUCAACGGUGGCUCCUCGCUUGUGAUGGUCCUUCCGGGGAAAUAAGAGGCCAAGGAUUAUGAGCCCCAAAAUACAUGAACCACCUUUCAUUUCGUACACCUGUACUUAUCACUUAUUCAUUUAUAUCAUAACAAUACAUACGUGUUUCAGUAUUUCCGUGUCUCGAUGUUCCAUUGUCAGAUGAAUAAACACGAGUUUUGAAAA